AUGUAUGUUGUAUCACUUCUUACCCUCGCAGCUUUCUAUGGGGUUGCACGUGCCGGCCUUGUCAACCUUGGCGCAACCGUGACUGUCAAUGGUGUCUAUUACUUCGUCGAUCCUGAGCCGGUGGGAGUUCUCCCCUCAUCUUCUGGCCUGCAUCACCAUAGUAAUUUCGGAUUUGUCCCGGUGACGCUCUUUGAGGCAAUAGAUAAUCGUUUCGAUGAGUCUACUUUCAACGACACCAUCAAGGCUUGGCUUGCUCAGGAUGAUGUUUUCAAUAAAGGGUUUUUACAAGAAAUCUACGUUAAGAAAGACUCGGAUGAUGUCCCCGGUCUAUCUAACUACCAAUAUCAAGGGAACAUGUCAUCGUCGUGGGAAGAAAUUGAUUACACUUUCAACGUUCCCAACGGUCCUUACAUCUUGAACCCAUCGACAGGUUCCCUACAUACCCCGUACCGCCUCUAUCUCGAUACUCAAGGUGCCUUCACCCAAGGCGUCAUACCCCUCUCGGGCGGAUCUUUCGCUCCACUCCCCGCUGCUCUCCCUGGCUCCUCAUCCAUUACAGUGGGUGUUCCUUCGAGAAUUUACCAUCCGCCAAGUGAUGACUAUCCGCUCGCUGGUGUGCGUAUCGGCGUAAAGGAUAUUUAUGACGUUUCUGGACUCAAGACUGGGGCUGGAAGCCGCGCCUACUAUGAUAUCUACCCCGAGGCCAAUGGCACUGCACCCGCCGUACAACAACUACUAGAUGCCGGAGCCGUCCUGGUCGGCAAAAUGAAGACGACUCAAUUCGCCGCACCCGAAAAUGCGAGAGAUGCCAUUGACUACCAGGCUCCGUUCAAUCCCAGAGGCGACGGGUAUCAAGAAGUCGGAUCCUCCUCGUCCGGAGCGGGGGCGGGUAUCGCUUCCUACCAUUGGUUGGAUCUAGCUUUGGGGUCCGAUACGGGAGGGUCUAUUCGGGUACCAGCCGAGGACAACGGAAUUUUCGGGAACCGCCCGACGCAUGGUCUGGUGGACUUGUCGCGGGUUAUACCGCUGGGACCUGAGUUUGAUACAGCUGGGUUUUUGGCUCGCGAUGCAGAGAUUUGGGCGACUGCUUGCAAGGUCAUGUACUCGAAUCUCACAACGAAUUAUACGCGAUAUCCGAAACGAGUUCUUACAUACGACCUUCCUUCAACAAAGGAUGCCGACCUUUCAGACUCGGACCGCGUUGUCGUUCAAUUCGUUGAUAGGCUAGUCGAGUUUCUAUCAGCCGACCUCUCAACGUUUAAUCAUACAGAAGAAUGGUCUCGCAGUCACCCAGCCGGUACGCCAAGCGACUUGCAGGAGUUUGUUGGAUCGACAUGGGCAGUGAUUUCGGCCAAACAACAGACUCGCCUUGUCCGAGAUCCAUUCUUCAAGGACUAUGCAGCCGCGUACGAUGGACGUGUACCUUUCGUGAAUCCCUCCACCAAUGGAAGUUGGAGCUGGUCUGAUAGUCUUCCUCCGCUGCUUGACGAAGCAAUCGCAAACAAGACCAUGUUCAAGACUUGGUGGGAUGAGGUCAUGCUCCCUAAGAACUCUGAAACGUGUUCAGAAAGUCUUAUGCUCUAUACUUUCAGGGAUGCUGCACCUGAAUACAGAAGCGAUUACGGCAGCGCCAUGGGUUCUGGUGAUUUAGUAGGGGUUCUGCUCGGCCUGAAUACGGGUUUCAUCUCACCAAUGGUUGGAAAUCCGGAUUUUUCUAUUCCAAUUGGUCAAGCCAGGUAUCAUAGCAGCAUUAGCAGGCAUGCAGAGUAUCUAUCGGUAUCUGUCAGGAUUAUGGCCGCUGAGGGAUGUGAUGGUAUGUUGUUGGAUCUCAUUGAUGAACUUAUCAAGGCUGGGAUGCUGCCAGAAGUCCAGCCUGGGAAAAGUCUUUAA